AUGGAAGUAUUACAAGAACUAGCCCUCCAGACCAUAUCCCUCUACCACUUCCUAACGCCCUACCUCACGCCCCUCACCUCCACCCUCAACUCCGCCUACACCCACAUAUACCCCAUCGCCCUCCCCUACGUCAACCGGCUCUUGAUUCUCGCCCACGACUCCCCCGCGCUGGUCUCCGUCGCCUUACUCCUGCUAUUCCUGCUACUCGCGAUGCGCAUCCUGGGGGCCGUGCAAAGGCUCGUGGUGUGGUGUUUUCGGCUGAUAUUGAGAACGGCGUUUUAUGGGGGCGUGGUGGUGCUGGGGUGUGUGGUUUGGCAGAGGGGGGUGGAGAGGACGGCGAGGGAUGUAGGGGCGUGGGGGAAAGUGUUGGCGGAGGUUUGGGGGAGGGAGUAUGAGAGGUGGGAGGGGUAUCAGAAACUGCAGCAGCAGCAGCAGGGGCAGGUUGGGGGCGGAGUGGGGAAGGGGAGUUCGUGGAGGUGA